CAACGCCUCUCCCUCGCGCCCACACUUUUUCUCCUGGUAUCUUUGCCGCGCCGAACGCAGGCUGUCCUUCCAGGCCAGGCAGCCAGGAUGCAGGUUCCGCACAAAGAGCACCUGUACAAACUGCUGGUGAUCGGUGACCUGGGCGUGGGUAAGACCAGCAUCAUUAAGCGCUACGUGCAUCAGAACUUCUCCUCACACUACCGGGCCACCAUCGGCGUGGACUUCGCGCUUAAGGUGCUCCACUGGGACCCGGAGACGGUGGUGCGCCUGCAGCUCUGGGACAUCGCAGGUCAAGAAAGAUUUGGAAACAUGACAAGAGUGUAUUACCGAGAAGCUAUGGGUGCAUUUAUUGUCUUUGAUGUCACCAGGCCAGCCACAUUUGAAGCAGUGGCAAAAUGGAAAAAUGAUUUAGACUCAAAGUUAACUCUCCCAAAUGGCAAACCAGUUUCAGUGGUUUUAUUGGCUAACAAAUGUGACCAAGGGAAGGAUGUGCUCAUGAACAAUGGCCUCAAGAUGGACCAGUUCUGCAAGGAGCAUGGUUUCGUAGGAUGGUUUGAAACAUCAGCAAAGGAAAAUAUCAACAUUGAUGAAGCCUCCAGAUGCCUGGUGAAGCACAUACUUGCAAACGAAUGUGACCUAAUGGAGUCUAUAGAACCAGAUAUCGUGAAGCCACAUCUCGUGUCGCCUAAGGUUGUCAGCUGCUCCAGCUGUGCCAAAUCCUAGUAGGCUCCUGUGCUGGCAUGUGACAGAAACAAGCCCAUGACCCCAUGAAUUGUGCCUCAUGUUUUACCAUUUUGAGUAAAUGUCAAAAUAGGGAAGCACGUGGCAAACCAAAGAUCCCUGCCUAAAUUUUUCCUGUAAGAGAGAAAUAGCAAAUGUUCUUUUUAUGUUUUCCAUACCAUCAGCACAGUUUUUACAAGCUUCUAAAAUAUCUAGUUUGUUACAAAAUUCUGUUGAGUUGCUGAGCAAAUUUUUGUAGGGCUAGAGUUAGCCCUGAUGUUUGCUCCUUUAAAUCAGCAAAGGCCUUAGGACUUAAAGAGAAGAGGGGACAGAGUAAACUAGCUGUCAAGUUAAGCACUGGUAUUUGCCUUGUCCUGUUGAGUCUUUGUCCAAAUUUCAAUACAUUCUCUGCUGAUCUGACAGGCCUAUUAAAUAGAAAUGUUUUUUUCUCCAGUGAUGACCUCCAUUCUUGGAAGACCUAAGAGUUGUCUAUGAUUAACUCUUUAGAGUCGUGUACACAGGCUUCCUGUGCCUUUGUUGCCUUCAUUGUCAUUUGCCAUGGCCUGAAUGUUGGUUUAACUGAACACAGUAUGAAAAGAGCUGCCCCCCAUAUGUGCCUUUUUUGUUAGCUUUCUCUGAACCAAGCGGUGGGACUCUUCUCUACAUGCAAUAUAUAUUAUAUAUAUUUUCACAAGUGAAAAAUAAAACAUUAAAAGAUGCUGUUUCCCUAUUUCUGGAAGUGCUUUAAGUUUCUUAGUACUGUGAUUUUUUUUUUUUUUUAUCACAGUGUAACUGUGCUUCUCAAGACCCAUUUCUCAACUUUAUUUCAGAAAGGACAUGAGAAAUUGAGAUGAAUCUAUUCCAUUUACAUGUAUUCUUUGUAUCAGUAUGUAGGCCAAGAAGAUAAAUAGUGUCCAUACAUUUUUUUCUUAAUCAGAGGAACAUGUCCUCAUAAUCAGGAAGGUGCCACAACAAUCAGUGUUAAAAGAGACAACCAAAGCAUGAAUAGUGAUGCCUUGUUUUACCAAAUGGCUGUGACACUAAUGUGCUGCAGAAAGCUACUAUUUUUAAUGGCAUUGUUUUCCACUGAUAUUCAUAGUACCUACCCUAAAGGGAGCUUUAUCUUCUGUUACAGAAUAUUCCCAGUGUUCUACUGACAUAUUCUUGGCCUCCACUGUUUCUGUAAGCACUGACCACAUAGCUUUCUAUUCUAAUACCAUGAGAGCACUCUCUGGUCCCUGGAGUAGUUUGCCCAUGAGGUAGAGAGGUCAGGUUUGCCAGGAGUUAAUAGGAGGGGUAGAAGGAUGAACACCUUGCAUUCUUUUUGCCUUAGGACAAUUUGAGAGACAUCCUGUGGACUUUUUGAGGUCCUGGUGAGAUAAGUCCUUGGUUCUCACAAAAGUUAUUAUCCUAUUUGAAUUGAUCUAAAUUGGUUUCCUUUCCUUUCUUCCCUUAACACUCUACUCAUUUACUGUUGCUUCUCAGUCCCUCUUCCAAAUAAGCUGCAUUUAUUUAAAUCCUGACUCGGUCUUGUUAUGAGAGAACCUAAUCUGAGUUAGGACAAAUCUGGUCCUAGGAAAGAAAUCGUCAUUAUAAGCUUCCUGAAUUGAAACAUCCACCAGCCCUGUGAUAUCAAGGACUCCUUACGGAUGAAUAAUGUGGUAGAGCUAUAGCACCAUAAUUACUAAGACUCUCAUCAAGUGGGCAAGAUAAAGACACAAGGAAAUGCCACUACUCUUGAGUUUGAAAGACAUGUUAGGGCGGAGUUAGUUACCUGCUGUAGAGUUCCUAAAAAAAAUAGGGGGACCAUUUCAAUACAUAAGUAUGGGUAGUAUUUUGGACAAGACCCCAAAGCACAGGGAAUAAAAAGCAAAAAUAGACAGAUGGGAUCAUAUCUGCACAACAGCAAGAAAAAUUAUCAAGAGAGUGAAAAGAAAAACUACAGAAUGGGAGAAAAUAUUUGUAAACUAUUCAUUUGACAAAAGAUUAAAGUCCAAAAUAAUUAAUAAAGUCAAAAAACCUCAACAAGCCACAUAAAACAAUGAAAAUGGGCAAAUGAUAUGAAUCAGCAUUUCUCAAAAACAGCAAAAGAAAGGAAUACAAAUGGUCAACAAUAGUAUGAAAAAAUGUUCAACGUAUUUAACCACAGAGAAAUGCAAAUAAAAUCACCAAGAGACACCAUUGGACCCAAGUCAGAAUGCCAUAAAGACAAUAACAAAUGCUGGGCAAGAUAUAGAGAAAAAUGAAUUCUGUCAUGUUGGAGGGAAGGUAAAUUAACAAUCAAAACUCUAAGAAAAGAUGUAGCUAUCACAGUUCUAGGUAUGUAUUCAAAGGAAAUGAAACUACCAUACAAAAGAGAUAAUACCACCAUAUUUAUUGCAAUACUAUUCACAAUAGGUAACUGAGGUGUCUAUCAAUGGAUGAAUUGAUAAAAUAUACGUAUACACAAUAGACUACACACACACAUGUGCAUGCACAUACAAAGAAAUCUUGUGAUUUGUGGCAAAAGAGAUGAACUGGAAAAUAUGUUAAAUGAAAUAAGUUAGACACAGACAAAUACUGCAUAGUAUCUGAAAUGUAGAGAAAAGACUAUCUUAAAGUAGAAAAGAGUAGCGUAGUAAUUAUUAGGUGCUAGGAAGGGUAAGGAGAAAAAGAAUUCAGGCAAUUUGGAUAAUGGGCAGUAAACUACAGUUAGAUAGGAGGUAUAUGUUCUGUGUUCUAUAGCACAGUAGGGUCAUUGUAGUUUGCAAUAAAAUAUUAUAUAUUUAAUGAAGGGCUAGAAGAGAUGAGCUUGAAGGUUUCAAACAUAACAACUGAUAAGAGGAAAGGAAAGAAGGGAAAGGAAUAAAUAUGAGAAAAGGAAAAAAAUAGA